AUGGCGACUCCUAACAUGCAAGGGCAAGGUCGAGCAGGCCAGAAUCUUCCCGUGUACAAUUCCGCGCCGCCAAAUGCGAACAGCCCUCUCUCCCCAGCAAGCGGAGGAAACACGCCAAUCUCCUUCCAACCUAAUGUGAAUCGCUCAAAAACAAAACGAUGGGUAGAAGCCAAACAAUACUCAUAUGACGGUGGAGACUGGGGUGAUGAGGAUGAAGAGGAAGAAGAGGACGAGCCCCCAGUACCAGCAGCCGUGCCCCGCCCUCCAUAUGCAAGCCAAAGAACUGGCAGUUCCUCCGAGUUGAGCUCCAGACGCCUGUCCGGUCUAAUGCUAGGAGGUGAAAAUGAAAAUCGCGCGAGUCCCCCACCCGAUCAACAAAAGGCCGCCCCUUUUGUCAGGCCUGCGGAUUUGUACAAGCGCAUGCGGGAGGACAAGGGAAUGGCAGGUUCUCCCCAGACGGAAAUGCCUCCUCCCAGCACUUUCCCGGCGGCAAGAAAUGAAGUGCCACGCACCGAAAUCAUCAACAGCCCAUCUGAAGCAACACAAACAACACCGACCGUUGGUUUACCUGACAUUAGGCGAAUGUCCUCCUUUGGGGCUGACUUCUUGGGAGAUGAAUCCACUCUUCAUCCUACUACUAUUGAACCCUCAGAGCCCUCCUUGCAGCACAAUCCAUCUCAGGCUUCCCAGAUCUCACAGGCUUCCCAAGGCUUUACCUCUGUGGUUCACCAGGCUUUUGAUGUCCCACAGACCCCAAAUUCCACUACUGGCAGUGUAGCGCGCUCUAACAGUGAUGGAACAUCCGUGAUCAGUCCUAUCAUCAGUACUCGUGGUCCUCAUGAUGACAAGACCCCCACUAUUCCUGAAGAACCCGCUGAGUCGAAUACUCCCACCGGUGCUCCUAGCAACGGGCCUGCUAUUAUCCCAGGUCAUCGACGUGAUAUGAGUCUCCCAGAACGGGACAACAGUCCUUCAAAAAGACCGGUUGUCACCGAGCAUGAUCCCCCAAUGGGAAGUCCAGCAGAAAUGGCCUCUGUCUCUCCGGGUGAGCCUCACUUGCCGCAACAGUCUCCCCAAGAUGUCUCUCCCAAUGCUGCCGAGAAGGAUUUUGUUGCACCUCUCAAGUUGGGUGAUCGGAAGCUAUCUGAUCAAUCUGCAACUGAGGGAUACCGUGGUCCUAUCCCCACAAUUAUUCCUGCUACAGUCAUGGAUGAAUCACCGGAAGAUGGCGAUAGCGACCGGUUGCGAGAAGAAAUCAUGCGCUCGCUGAGUAGAGAAGGCUCCCAAGAGCCAGAGCAGAUUCCCCAUUCUCAGGCAGGCGAAUCUAGGGAGACGUCAAUUCCGCACCAGUACGAAAAGUACUGGGAUGGCCAAACUGGCCCCAGCCCAGAGGAAGUUCCCAGGCCUUUGGUUUCCGAUGCUCAUCCCGAUUGGAACAAAACCCAUCCAUUGGGCUCGCAAGACCCAUAUGCUAGUAAUCAAGCAUCCGCUGAGCCUCCAUUAGCAGCUGAUGAAGCAUCCAAGAAACCACGUUUGGAGAGACGGUUCUCGUGGGAAUCAACAUCAACUGCGACUGAGUCAACACCUCAACCCGCUCCAGCGAGUGAAGACCCCUUGGCCUCGAGAGACGAGGAGUCAGCUACACGUGCGCCCGGACCUGUCGGUGGAGAGCUACCAAACUAUGAUAGCGAAGGCAGCCAGCGCACCGAGAAGCCGAGACUUUCUAUUGUACCUCCAAUUCCUGAAGGGGGGAUUACACCUCCAGUGCAGGUCAUGGGACCAGUUGAUGGCCUCGAGCCUCAGACAAACAUUCCUGAGGUUUCGGCUUUGGGAGCAGCUACUGUGGACGAGAAAAAACUUCAGGGUUUCCGGGACAUUCUCAACCUUACGUCUACCAGUGAGCGCACCAAAGCUUUCGACAAGACGAGAGACCAAUUCGCCGUUCUGAACUCUGGCCUGAAUAACUGGCUUCAAAUGACUAUUCACGAUCACCCAGAGCAUGCCGAUGUGGUUCAGUCAAGCCAGAAUCCGACCGCUGUGCAUCGAAACUCUCCGACUCGGACUCGAUUCCCCAAACUCACAUCUUUGGGUGCGAUUACUACGUCUCGAGAUGAUGCUACACCUACUGCUACCAGUCACAUAAGACGUCCGUCGGGUAACAUUGGAACCAUCAUGAAUAAGUCAAAUGUUGAACAGCGAGGAAAGGAGUUUCUCCAUACGGCGGGUACUUUUGGUGGCAAGGCAGGUGAAGCAGCGAAGGGCUUGUUUGCCAAGGGCAGGAGCAAGUUUCGAGCAAGUGGAGACAAGGGUCAAUCAUCAAAUUCUCGCAGCGAAAGCUUCAACUUUUCGCCCGAAUCCAACCCAUCCCAAUGCCAGAGUGAACCUCCCAAACGCAACUCUCUCAAUUUAAGCAGUCUGCCUGUCUUCAAAUUUGGACAAAAUAGGAACCCUUCUGCUGCUUCCGCGGAUCCCAACGAUAAACGGAAUGAUACGCACUCUGGGAAGCGACUCAAGUCAACUGGAUCAACAGAUAUCCUUCACUCGCAGACCGAUCCAGGGGUUGGUCCUUCCGGUCGGGCUGUCUCACAACCAUUGACAUCGGCAGAUGGUCAAAGGUCAGGUUGGGUUGGGGAACUUGAGCAGGAAAUGAUUUCUGCCCUUGGUCUUUCUCCAACUGCAAAUAACUCUCAGUAUGAUCCGCUGGUCAUAGAUGGACCAACAUCAUCUUCGCGUGUACCACUUGAGCGUGGAAUUUCCGAACAGGGUCAAAGUCAAGAAGCACCGCUGGCACCCCUGCCAACAUCGAAGUACGCUUUUAAAGCGUAUCAGAAGAAGAAGCAACCUGGAAGUCAUUCUUUAAGGAGAGAUAAAUCUCUGCCUGAGGUCCCUUCCAGUCAAGACUACUUUGAGGCGCCGGUGUCUCCUGUAUCGCCAGAGUCAGGCAACUCUGAGCCUGCUGGAGGAGUGUCGCAGCUCCCAAUACUUACAAUUCGUCCUGUUGUUGAAGUCAAGCCUUCUGAUCCGCCCAAUCCUAUUUCAAAAGAGAUUCCUCCGCAAGAUAAUGCUCCACCAGCGCCGCCGAAGGAUGUCGCACAUCUCAAGACAGGGCAUGCCGCACGCCAGCCAUCCGUCUCGACGCUUGGAAUUGAUGAGAGACGAGGAUUUGAUGAACUGGAUGAUGACUUUGACACUCCACCAUCUCCACUUGAGCCUCCCUCGCCAGAAGCACCAAUUCCUUUUUACGGCAGCCCUAUCCCUGAAGCCAAAACUUCUUACACUUCUGUGCCAUCUGUCGAAGAAAGCCGGCCUGAUGCUGAAGGUGUUUCAGCCACGUUUACUUCCAGACCCUCAACAUCGGCACAAGCUCUUGAUGCAAACCAAAAGUCAAUUGGCGGGCUCCCGCCUUCUGCGCCGAAUAUGCAAAGUCCCUUGCGAAAUGAAGUCAGGUACUCGCCGGCAACCCGAAGUAGCAUGGUGAGUUUCGGAAGCUGGGGUAAUAACGGCAGAGGGACACGACCAACAACUCCUGCUAAUGAGCUCUCCUCGCUUAACAUUGAGUCAAUUCCUCAGGCACAAAAUGGUGAAUCUAAGAGGGAGAAAUUGAAGGGUUUCGGGAAGCGGCGCCGGGCUUCGGUGGGCGAUCUCUUGUCUGGAAUCCAAGGUGGACUCCAGGGACUUCAACAGAAGAUUCAUCAAGAGCCUCAAGCUAAGGAGAAGGGACAUCAACGCAAGGUUACUUUCGGAAAAAUAAGUAACCUCUUCACGCGUUCCGAGCCGAAAUUUUCCGAGACUGGCGAGAGCGGCCGUCGAAAGUCCAUGGGUAAUGAUCUUGAUGAAAGAGAUCUGCCACGGAAAUCAACGGAUCGAAAAAAUGUGCCAAAUUCACAGAAAAUACGUAAAUCCGUCGACAAAGCUCUGCCUGAAGCGCCACCUGCUGAGUUUACAUCGUCGUCACGACAGUCCUAUGAAGGACCUGCCCGUCAGCGCGCAAGUUUUCAACUUUCCUCCGGUCCAUCGUCCAAUGCUUUGGCAGCAGGACGUUUUUACUCGCAGUCUCAGGCUACUGAUAGCCCUUCUACCGCUCAACAUACCCGAGUGAAUAGUAUGCCUCUGAUGAGCCAUAUGGGUCAACCCCUGUCGCCCAUCGCACAAUCCGAAUCGGACCAUAAUGGUUCCAUGGAAUUCCACCCUCAUGGACUGGAAGACCGAAUCUCUCAAGAGAAUCGAUGGCCAGGCCCACAAGAUUCAUCGGGACAGACGAUGCAAGGAGCGGUCCAACACAGUCCAAGCCAUGAAUAUGAUUAUGAGUAUGAGCCUUCCCACCCAGGUCAUAAUCCCAACCUCAAUAUCCGAUCCCGCAAAUCGACCGACGCCCCAGCCAUUUCUAUGACCAACAUUGAGCCCCGAAAUGUCACUGUUUCGGGCAUGUCUAGUGUGACUUAUUCCGAGCAUCCCCAUCGAGACGAGUCUCGAACAUUGACACGCAAUACCCAACCUGUUGAACUCGCCCUUCGAGAUGACACAAGUGAUGAGAUUGUUAUGUCUCCCACUGCUUAUCCCGGGCAAGAAUGGAUGCCAAUGCAAUGCUAG